GCGGCGCCCGGCGAGGAGCGCGAGUCGAGUCUGAGGCGGGCACGUCGGUCCGGAGCCUACGUUCGCGGGGCCGAGCCCGGAGCGGGGCCCGGCCUGUGGGGGCCUCCGCCAGCCGCGGGGCCGCGCCAAACUGCCGCUGCUUCGUCCCGCUUCUCCGCUGAGGCUCCGCGCGGCCGGGCAGCGCAUCCGGGCCUCCGCCGGCGCCCGGGGCCUCCGGGGCCCUCCCGGGCUCAGCAUGCCCGGGGUGAAGCUGACCACCCAGGCCUACUGCAAGAUGGUGCUGCACGGCGCCAAGUACCCGCACUGCGCCGUCAACGGACUGCUGGUGGCCGAGAAGCAGAAGCCGCGCAAGGAGCACGUCCCCCCGGGCGGCCCGGGGGCCCACCACACCCUCUUCGUGGACUGUAUCCCCCUCUUCCACGGCACCCUGGCCCUCGCCCCCAUGCUGGAGGUGGCCCUCACCCUGAUUGAUUCAUGGUGCAAAGAUAAUAGCUAUGUGAUUGCUGGUUAUUAUCAAGCUAAUGAACGAGUAAAGGAUGCCAGUCCAAACCAAGUUGCAGAAAAGGUGGCCUCCAGAAUCGCCGAGGGCUUCAGCGACACUGCUCUCAUCAUGGUAGACAACACUAAGUUUACGAUGGACUGUGUGGUACCUACAAUCCACGUGUACGAACACCACGAAAACAAGUGGCGGUGCAGGGACCCACACCAUGAUUACUGUGAAGACUGGCCUGAGGCCCAGAGGAUCUCGGCGUCGCUCCUGGAUAGCCGGUCCUACGAAACACUCGUGGAUUUUGAUAACCACCUGGAUGACAUUCGGAAUGACUGGACAAAUCCAGAGAUCAAUAAAGCUGUUUUGCACCUGUGUUAGGGAGGGAUUUCAGUGACUGGUCUCUGGGCAUUUCCACUACGCUGAAGAAGAAAAGCUAUUUUUAAAUGUAAAUAAAAUAUCUCAUAGCCUGUUUGGAAAGCUGACAGUUUUCAGAAGUGGCAUGAGCCUUGAAAGAGGGCAUAAUGUCCUAUCAGUCGUCUUUUUAAUGCAGAGUCUCUAGAAGAGGCACAGACUCUCCAGUCUGACUGCCCUGUGGAGUCCUUCCGAGUUAUAUGUUGCUAUCAUCCUCCAAAUCAAAGCUAUUUCUGCUUGUCCAAGAUGGUUCCUAUUAAACAGUUUUACGUAAC